CUGUACAUCUCAGAUUCUUAUGGCGCCAUUCCUUUUUGCCUAUUUUAGCAACUUGCAACCUGCCACCCCGCCCAAAUCUUAUCCAAUCACUACCUCUCUCUCCUCAACUCAAUGAAAUAUAUUAAUAUAAUAGUAAUCAUUUCAAAUUAUUUUAACUGUUUUAUGUAUAUUGUCUGUAAAUCUCAUGAAUAUUUUAAUGGGGGAUGUCCAUUGGUUCUUGAUAUACACACCCCCUAUUCUAUUUUGGUUGAUUUGAGUUAAACCCAAAUCACAAAAACAUAAAACAUAAAACAAAAACCCAGCUUCAUCCCCUGAAUCAGGCGAAAAUUUUCCCUUCGUUUUUAUCGUUUUGCUUGAUAUUUAGCAGAUUUAAUGGAGGGAUUUUCAAAUGAACGCCUAGAUUUUGGGAGGAUGGGUUAUGGAUGUCAACAUUACAGAAGAAGGUGCUUGAUUCGAGCUCCUUGUUGCAAUGAGAUCUUCCCUUGUCGCCAUUGCCAUAAUGAUGCCACUAGUAUGCUGCGCAAGCUGAUGGACCGGCAUGAUGUUGAUCGAUAUGAUGUUAAGCAAGUUGUUUGUGCUGUAUGUGACACAGAACAACCAGUAGGACGCGUCUGCACAAAUUGCGGUGUCAACAUGGGGGAGUACUUCUGUGAGAUUUGCAAGUUCUAUGAUGAUGAUGUCGAUAAAAUGCAAUUUCACUGCGAUGAUUGCGGGAUUUGUAGGGUGGGCGGCCGUGAAAAUUUCUUCCACUGCAAGAAGUGUGGAUCUUGCUAUUCAGUGGAGUUACGUGAUAAUCAUAUGUGUAUUGAGAACUCCAUGCAUCAUCACUGCCCAAUAUGUUACGAGUAUCUGUUUGACUCUCUGAAGAACACGACUGUUUUGAUAUGUGGGCAUACAAUGCAUUCUGAUUGCUGUCAAGAGAUGCUGAAGCGAGAUAAGUAUUGCUGUCCUAUAUGCUCAAAAUCAGUUAUCGACAUGUCUAGAACCUGGAAGAGGUUAGAUGAGGAGAUUGAAGCAACCAGCAUGCCAGACGAUUACCGCAGCAAAAAGGUUUGGAUUCUAUGCAACGACUGCAAUGAUACAACAGAAGUUAACUUCCACAUAAUCGGGCAGAAAUGUAGGCAUUGCAGGUCUUAUAACACCCGUCAAAUUGCGGCUCCAGUCCUUCCUUAGUUAGGACUGUUGAUAAUACUCAUUUUCCCUUCCUUUCUUCUUCUUCUUCUUCUUCUUCUUCUUCUUCUUCUUCUUCUGUGCAAGAUUAUUGUGCAAGAUUUGCACCAUUCAUCAUCAUUUCGACAAAUAUCUAUCAUCAUUCAUCAUACUUUCAACUACGGACUACUUAUUUUGUAUAUCAACUUAAAACUAGCUAUACAUCAUACAUACAUGAUACAUGUACGGAUGUAAACAUCAUGCUAUUUCGACUUGUAUGUAUCAUCACUUUAUGUUUAGUGUUCACUACUUAGUACUUACCCAUCCUUCACAACUUCAUCACCUUUUGUGGAAGAUAAAUGCUUACCUUUUCGCUCA